AUGCCCUGGCAAUUCCUGGCAGAGAACAAACUCUGGUCACGGAAGUGCUGUGACACGUGUGACAUCACGGGGGACGUGUCACAAUGGGGGCAGCUGAAAAACGUCCCGGCAGGUUACGUUGGCCCUGCUUUGCCUUGGCAAGCGACCAUGGAUCCCAUGGUAUUCCUGUUUGUGGUCUUCAAAAGCCUCAUCCAAUACCCACAGCCUGUGGCUGAUGGUUUGGAUGCAGAAACACGUCUGCGCAUGGAAGCGCGUGAAAAGCACCUGGAAAGGGAGAGGCUUCAUCUGGAGCAGGAGAUGGAACAGCUUAUGCAAGAGCAGGCGAAGCAGGCACAGGUCUUGCAGAACUUUGCUGUUGCUGUGUUCCUGACCCUCGUCUUGGUCUUGUGGUACACCGGGUGGAAAAGCAGCCAAAGGAGAGAGGAGGCUGAAGAAGGAAACGGUGGUGCUAAUGAAGCGGAAGUGCGUAACGUUGGGGCAAAUGAAGAAGGCAAUAUCAGAAAUGAAGAUGUAAAUGCGGCUGCAAUUGCAGAAAUCAAUGGUGGUGCAAAUGAAGUCAGUGAUGAAGAUGAUGAUGCGGACGAUCGCGUUGGACAAGUUGUAAUGCAGCGCAUCCAGUUGCCUGUACAGGACCUGCAGAGAGGCUGUGAAUGGAUAACUCGGCUCAUGGAUAAUUAUACAAUUUGCUUUGGCCAUAUCCUCUCAAACAGCUUCUACCCAGUCCUGCAACGAGCCAUCGGGGUGGGCAGUGCCUUUGAAGGCUGGAGUCCCCGUGAGCAGGAUGUCGUUUACACCGUGCUCAUCCCCAUGACUCCUCCCCGAGGCCACAGCUUCCACCUGGAGCUGGAGAGUCAAGAGCAGAGGCACGUGAAGAACUUCCGUGUCCGUGUGCAGCUGGAGUGCACCUGCACUCCAGGGAGGGAGCAGCAGGCUGAGGACAUGCUGUGCUUCCUGCACCACUCCGAGGAGGAGCUGAGGAGCAAUCAGGAUCCCAGCCUCCUGGACACCCUGUGCACCGGCUCCUACCUUGACGUGCAGAAAACUACCCGCUGGUUCCACCAGCUGGUGAGAGCAGUCUGGCCAGCUCUGCCUCAGUCUCACAACUGGCAUUUAAAGCUGCUGCCCUCCACACGCUGCUGCCAACUCAAGGUGACCAACAUCAGGGAAAGCUUCAGGAUUGACAUCUUCUUCGGGGUGCGGAGAGAUGACUCAGCCGUCUUUGCGUGCAGCCAGCCCAGAGAGGCCUACACAUCAAACUUAACCUGGCCCGAGUCUUAUGCUGUAGUAGAGGUUGAGUUCUUCCAGUACUUUGCCAGGCAGGCCCCCCCUGACAGCCUGCACCUCAAAUGCCUCCAGUUUUUCACCCGUCUUCCGCUGGGCUUCAGCUUUUCCACCUACACCAUGAAGACCAUUGUUAUGCAUAUGCUCCAUAUCUCACCCGUCUCAGCGUGGCGCAGGAGGAACCUCCUGGAACGAAUGGUGCUUGUCAUGUACAACCUGUACUUAUGUCUGCGACAAAAACGCCUCGACCACUUCAUUGUGGGCAACAAAACGUUUCCCCAGGACAUCAAGUUACCCACAGACGUUAAAAUGGCUGAGCCAUACAAUCUCUUCCACCACCUGGAGCAGCAGCCGGAUGCCCACACCCAUGCGCUGUAUGAGUAUGACAUUCUAGAAAAUUGGUUCAAAAAAAUCCUUCUGGCUGAGGAUUGA